AUGACCCUGGCCUUCCUAUUGGUUAUCCCUGAAGGCGUCUUUAUCGUCGCCAGACCCUCACGGCGGCGCAAGGAGGCAAUGCGGCUGCACCUGGGCCUCCAGCUCACCGGCCUCGUCCUGGCGCUAGCCGGCACACUCGCCAUGUUCACCCACCGCCAUGCGCGCCUCAAGGCGCACUUCAGCACACCACACGCAUGGCUGGGCGUGUCGGCUGUCAUCCUGGCGGAACUGGGGGGCCUGCUUGGCGUGCUGCUGUACUUUAAUACUCUGCGCAUCUCAAGGGCGCUCAUUGGGAGGCUGCACUUCCUGCACCGCAUGGUGGGACGGCUGGUGAUCGUCUGUGGAUUCAUCGCCAUCAUCCUCGCUCUCAAGAUCUUUGACGCACAGAACCCUCGCAAUAAGGGCUGGAAGACCUAUGUGAUGGCGUGUGCAGUGGUGGCACAGCUAGUGGGUAUGUCCUCCCUCCUCUACCCCUCCUCUCCCAUAGCAGCAGCAGUCAGCGGCAGUAGCAGCGGCGGCGCCGCUGGUAGCACUGUAGUGCUGCUCGACCCCAGCGAAUUCAGUAACUACACGCUGAUCAGCCUGGUGCAACUAGCGCCGCCGCUACCACCCCCUCACAGUACGCUCCCGCUCCCCCUCGCGCUCAUUUCCUGCCUUCCCCGCUUUCCCCUCGUGCUCCCCUUCCUCCCCAUGCCCCCUUCCCUCUCGUGCUCCGCUUCCCCCUUAUGCCCCCCUUCCCUCUCGUCCCCCACCCCCUCCGCCUCCCCCUCCGCCACCCCAAGCCCCCGCGGUAGGGACAUGGAGAAAGGGGGGGAGGAGGAGAAGAUUCGUCAGAUGGUGAGGGAAGCUUCGUCCGCUGCUGCUGCCCAAAAUGCGUCAGAGCGAAAGGAAGGUUCCCAAGGGAAUGGUGCUAGUUUCGACCACAGUAACUAUCUAGGGGAAGGAGGAUUCGGCCGUGUAUACCGCGGAAGGUUGAAGAACGGGCAGGAGGUGGCAGUGAAGCGCCUCACCCGCCCACCCACCCCCUCAUCCCUUCCUCCCUCCUUUCUCCCUUUGCCCCCCAGUUUCGACCACGCCAACUACCUGGGAAAGGGCGGGUUCGGCCGCGUCUACAGAGGGAGGCUGAAGAACGGGCAGGAGGUGGCUGUGAAGCGCCUCACUCGCCUGCGCAUGACCGGCAGCGGGAGCACCCCCUCAGCUCACCCCCUUUUCCCCUUCUUCCUUUACCCACCCCUGCUCCAUUUUGAUCACGCCAAUUACCUAGGGGAGGGCGGGUUCGGGCGAGUAUACCGGGGGAGGCUGAAGAACGGGCAGGAGGUGGCAGUGAAGCGCCUCACCCGCCUGCGCGUGACAGGCAGCGGGCGCGCCAAGGGGGGAGGCGGAGGGGGCGGGCAGGGCGAGCGCGAGUUUGUGGUAGAGGUGGAGAUGCUGAGCCGCCUGCACCACCGGAAUCUGGUCAAGCUGAUAGGAUAUUGUGCCUCGCACCACCACCAGCUGCUGUGCUACGAGCUUGUUCCCAACGGAAGCUUGGAAGCGUGGCUGCAUGGCUCCUUCUCCAAGGAGAUCGUGCUGGAUUGGGCGACGCGCAUGAGGGUAGCGCUAGGAGCAGCGAGGGGGCUGGCGUAUCUGCACGAGGACUCUCAGCCGCUCGUCAUUCACCGUGACCUCAAGUCCUCCAACAUCCUUCUCGAGAAUGACUUUCUCGCUAAGGUGGCGGAUUUCGGGCUGGCGAAACCUGCACCGGAGGGACCCGAGGGAUACAUCUCGACCCGAGUCAUGGGCACAUUCGGAUAUGUCGCCCCAGAGUACGCAAUGACAGGCCAUCUGGUGGUUGCAUCAGACGUGUACAGCUAUGGCGUGGUGCUUUUAGAGCUGCUCACAGGGAGGAAGCCAGUGGACAUGAGCCAGCCGCCUGGGGACGAGAACCUGGUCACGUGGGCACGGCCAAGGCUGGGCAAUGCUGGACGGCUGGAUGAGCUGCUGGAUCCAAAGAUUGCUGCCCAGGUCUCACUGAGUGAUCUGGAGCAAGCAGCAGCUGUGGCACAGGCGUGUGUGGCUGCUGAGCCGACAGACCGACCCCCCAUGGGGGAGGUGGUGCAAUCAUUGAAGAGACUAGAGGCUCUGGAGCAUUCAACCCUAACCACUGACCACUCUCCCUACGGCUCCCUGCUGCUCUCGAACCAGCCCCUUCCAUACGACACGUACAACCCUCCCGACUGUAGCAACGACCUAGCUGAGGAUUUGUUAGCAGCUAAUCCGGGCAAUGAGUAUGGAAGCGAGGGAGGCAAUAAAGAGGAUGACGAAGGUAAUCACACAUCUGCAGAUGCUGCUGUUGCUGCUGCUGCUGCUGCUGGUGCUGCUGCUGCUGUCCCAGCAGCAAAUAGAUGA